GGGCUCCGGCACUGCGUGUCCUGAGGUUUUUGGCCGCCGUCGUGGCGGCAGGAUUUCCGCGGUUGUGUAACGGGUCCUCACGGGCGUGUGAGGCCUGGACUCCGCAUCUCUCGUGCGCUUGCCAGGAGGUCCGGCGGAGCCAUGGCGGGGAGCUGCGGGCCCAGUCGCUCGCUGUCCGCGCACACGCUGCUGUUCGACCUGCCGCCGACGCUGCUGGGCCAGCUGUGCACGGUCCUGGACAGCUGCGAUGGCGCGCUGGGCUGGCGCGGCCUGGACAGGGUCUUGCUAUGUCGUGAUUCUCCUGCCUGGGAUUACAGCGGAGCGACUUUCAAGCAGCUGGCUGGAUGUUCGUCAUAUUGAAAAAUACGUAGACCAAGGUAAAAGUGGAACAAGAGAAUUACUCUGGUCCUGGGCACAGAAAAACAAAACCAUCGGGGACCUUUUACAGAUUCUCCAGGACAUGGGGCAUCAUCGAGCCAUCCAUUUAAUUACAAACCAUGGAGCAGCCUUGAAUCCUUCAGAACAGAGUCAUCAGAAAGAUGAAUUUCCAAAUGUGUUACCCAAGAAAACAGCCGAUGUCACAGUGGAUAAUGUCAUUAUUCCUGAACAUAACAAAAAAGGAAUAUGGCCUAAAUCCUCCAUCAGCUUUCAGAACAUCAUAGAUGGAACUAGAUAUUUCCACAAAGAUUUCCUAAUUGGAGAAGGAGAGAUUUUUGAGGUAUACAGAGUAGAGUUUCAAAACCGAACAUAUGCCAUUAAAUUAUUUAAACAGGAGGAAAAAAUACAAUGUAAGCAACAGUGGAAGAGGUUUUUAUCUGAGCUUGAAAUUUUACUGCUGUUUCAUCAUCCAAACAUACUAGAGUUGACUGCAUAUUUUACAGAGACUGAGAAGUUCUGUCUGGUUUAUCCAUAUAUGAGAAACGGAACACUUUUUGACAGAUUACACUGUGUAGGUGAUACAGCCCCGCUGUCCUGGCAUAUUCGAAUCAGCAUAUUGAUAGGAGUAUCCAAAGCUGUUCAGUACCUGCACAGCACUCAGCCUUGUGCGAUCAUCUGUGGCAGUAUAUCCAGUGCAAAUAUACUUUUAGAUGAUCAGUUUCAACCCAAACUAACUGAUUUUGCCAUGGCGCACUUCCGAUCCUACCAAGAACAACAAAAUUCUACCAUAAAUGUGACCAGCAGCAGCACGCAUCUGUGGUACAUGCCAGAAGAGUUUAUCAGACAGGGGAAACUUUCCGUUAAAACAGACGUCUAUAGCUUUGGAAUUGUAAUAAUGGAAGUUCUGACAGGUUGUAGAGUGGUAUUAAAUGAGCCAAAACACAUUCAGCUGCGAGAUCUCCUCAUGGAAUUGAUGGAGAAGAGAGGCCUCGAUUCAUGUCUAUCAUUUUUAGAUAAGAAAGUUCAUCCCUGUCCUCGGAAUUUCUCUACCAAGUUAUUUUCUUUGGCAGGACAGUGUGUUGCAACACGGGCAAAGUUAAGACCAUCCAUGGAGGAAGUCCUAAAUACUCUGGAAAGUUCUCAAGCCAGCUUGUAUUUUGCUGAAGAUCCUCCUACAUCACUGAAGUCUUUUAGGUGUCCUUCUCCUCUGUUCUUGGAAAAUGUACCAAGUAUUCCAGUAGAAGAUGAUGAAAACCAGAAUAAUUAUUCACCACCUUAUGAAAAAGGUUUGAGGAAAGAGAGAAUGACUCAGAAGAUUCCUUUUGAAUGCAGCCAGUCUGAGGUUACAUUUCUGGACUUGGACAGAAAGACAGGGAGCAAGAGAAAUGAGAGUGCUUGCAAUGUGCCCAGUUCUUCUUGUGAAGAAUGUUGGUCCCCAGACAACGCAGCUUCAUCCCAGGACGUAAAGGAAUAUGAGAUAAAUCUGGACUCUUCUUCAGAAGCUCCAGACCAUUCUUACAGAAGCAGGCCAGUGGAAACUAGCUGUUCCUCUCAAUUUUCCUGGCAUGAAUACGAACAGUGCAAAAAGAAAGAAGUUUCUCCAGAAGAUAAAGAAAAAAGCAAGUGUUGCUAAGGCAACUGAGUGCACGUAUCACCUUGGGAAGACAUUGUCUCCAUAAGUACAGGGGAGAGAGUGAUGGGUGGUGAAUUGGGGUGAUGCAAAUAACCUGGACGAUUCCAUUCUUUCAAUUUCCAAAUCCCAAAGUGGACUGGCUUUAAAAAUUGUUUUAUUAAGAUAACCGUCUCAUGAUCAAACCUUGACUAAGUUAGAGCCAUUCAGAAUUACUCAAGAUUAGGGACGAGCUAGUGGCACAGCAGUAGCAUAAGACUCUUUGAUGCUGGCCCGUCAUGGAGAGAUCCCAGGUUCAUGUCCCUAGCCUCUCUAUUCAUGCUUAGUGCGUGUAUACCCAUGAUCUGGACUGGAAGAGGCAGAGGUGGGUGGCAAUAUGAAGAAGCCAUUGCGGAUGUCUCUCUAUCUCUCUCUCUCUCUUCCUGUCUUUCCUUCUUUCAUGGGAGAAAUGCAUAAAUAAGCUUUUAAAAAAAUUACUCAAGUCAUGUGCUCUGACUUCAGUCAAACAAAACAAGCAAAACUCACCAAAAAGAGACUUAAUUUCAAUAUCUUCUCCAUCUCCAUUAAUGUCGGUCCUCAGAGUUUCUCUCUGCUGGGCUCAUUUCAUUGGAUUCCACUGUUUGAUUUUACUUGCUUGUGAGGGUUGAAGGCAAUGUCUAAUUUCUAAAUGUUAAUAGAUGCAUUUUGAAAGAAUUUCUUUUUAA